AACCGAAGGCGAGGUAGAGGCGGUCACGUGACCGCACGCUGCCUUUGGUGAGUUUUCCCCAUUAUGGCGGAAGGGCCAGUCACACGGAUGGACCGUCUCUCCCGUUCUGAUGCUUGUUUUGUGUCUUGAGGGAGGGGCUUUAUUUUUCUUUUGUACAUUUUACUGCAACAUCACGGUUUCUUCCCAACGAGCCCGUCCGGGCGUAUCUCAGCGAAGUCAUGGCAGACCGCGGGGUGGAUUUGUCCGCCCUGCCAAAGGAGGUUAGAGACCAGUUGGCGGAGUUGGAUCUGGAGCUGUCUGAAGGUGACAUCACGCAGAAGGGCUAUGAGAAGAAGAGAGCCAAGCUGUUGGCCUCCUACAUCUCCCAUUUGCCAAAUGUUGAUCUGUCUCUACCAGACGUACAGCUUUCCCCAAGCCGUAGUGCCGCGCUCAGCCCGAGCCCCGAGGCCCCGGGCCCCUCCACCUCUUCAGCUGCCAGAAACCAUCGCUCACACCGCAGUGGAGGGGCCAGGGAUGAGAGAUAUAGAUCAGACAUUCACACAGAAGCUGUACAGGCGGCCCUUGCUAAACACAAAGAAGAGAAAAUGGCAUUACCUAUGCCAACCAAGAGGCGCUCAGCAUUUGUCCAGUCUCCCAUAGACGGCUGCACCCCUCCAGACACGUCCUCUGCAUCAGAGGAUGAGGGUUCACUGCGCAGAAAAGCAGCUCUCAGUGCAGCAAUAGCUCAGAGUCUCCAGAGCCCCGAUUACUGGAUCAGCCGCUCCGUCCAGAGUUCGUCCACGUCCUCUUCAGCUUCGUCCACCCUCUCCCAUGGAGAGCCCAAGACCCAGCCCCAACCUCAGCCUGCUGUUUCCUUGUUAGCUGAUGUGCUGGCACACACACGCAUAGAAAAUAGCGUCCCCCCUGAUGUGACAUCCUCCACUCCACAAGAGAGAGGAACCAGAGUGGACCUUCCUCCCCCAGUCAGAGGAAUGAGCCGCGGGCAGAGCCGCUCUAGCAUGCUGGAUACCGCUGAUGGAAAAAGAAAAGGCGUGCCUGUCAGCAGCAGGGUGUCCACCAAGAUCCAGCAGCUGUUGAACACACUCAAACGGCCCAAAAGACCACCACUCAGCGAAUUCUUCCUCGACGACUCUGAGGAAAUUGUGGAAGUUCCUCAGCCAGACCCCAACACCCCAAAGCCAGAAGGGCGUCAAAUCAUCCCGGUGAAGGGGGAGCCUCUCGGAGUGGUCAGUAACUGGCCCCCCGCCCUGCAGGCCGCCCUUGCUCGAUGGGGGGCCACCCAAGCCAAGAGCCCGGCCCUAACUGCCCUGGAUAUUACUGGCAAGCCCCUCUACACCCUCACGUAUGGAAAGCUGUGGAGUCGAAGUUUAAAGUUAGCUUACACGCUACUGAAUAAACUGGGCACCAAGGCUGAGCCUGUCCUACAGCCUGGAGAUCGAGUGGCCUUGGUCUAUCCAAACAGCGAUCCUGGCAUGUUCUGGGUUGCAUUCUAUGGUUGUUUGUUAGCAGAGGUCAUUCCUGUGCCCAUCGAGGUCCCACUGUCACGGCAGGAUGCAGGCAGUCAGCAGAUUGGCUUCUUAUUGGGCAGCUGUGGUGUUAGUUUGGCUCUGACCAGUGAAGUGUGCCUUAAAGGGCUGCCAAAGACACAGAACGGAGAGAUCAUACAGUUCAAAGGAUGGCCAAGAAUGAAAUGGGUUGUGACGGACACAAAAUACCUGACCAAACCAUCCAAAGACUGGCAGCCUCAUAUCCCCACUGCCAACACAGAUACUGCCUACAUAGAGUACAAAACGAGUAAGGAGGGAACAGUGAUGGGAGUUGCUGUGUCCAAGAUCUCUAUGUUGACCCACUGUCAAGCUCUGACUCAAGCCUGCAACUACAGUGAAGGGGAGACGCUGGUCAAUGUGUUGGACUGCAAGAAGGACAUGGGUUUAUGGCACGGUGUCCUAACGAGUGUCAUGAACAGAAUUCACACCAUCGCUGUACCGUAUGCUGUCAUGAAGGCCUGUCCCAUGUCAUGGGUGCAGAGGGUUCAUAUUCACAAAGCACGUGUAGCCUUGGUGAAGUGCCGUGAUCUCCAUUGGGCCAUGAUGGCCAAUAAGGACCAAAAAGACUCCAACUUGUCCUCUAUUCGCAUGCUUAUAGUGGCAGAUGGAGCCAACCCAUGGUCUGUGUCAUCGUGUGACGCCUUCCUGAAUGUUUUCCAACCUCUUGGCCUCAAGCCUGAAGUCUUUUGUCCUUGUGCCACCUCCCCCGAGGCCCUGACUGUGGCAAUACGCAGGCCUGGUGCACGAGGAGCUCCCCUGCCGGCGAGGGCCAUCCUGUCAAUGGGAGGCCUGAGUCACGGGGUGAUCAGGGUCAACACAGAAGACAAGAACUCUGCUCUGACAGUACAGGAUGUGGGCCAUAUUAUGCCUGGAGCUCUGAUGUGCAUUGUGAAACCAGACGGCCCUCCACAGCUCUGCAAGACCGAUGAGAUUGGAGAGAUUGUGAUCAACUCUCGUGCUGGAGGCACCAUGUACUACGGCCUUCCUGGGGUCACUAAAAACACCUUUGAGGUGAUUCCUGUCAACCAGGCCGGAGCCCCCAUUGGGGAAGUUCCCUUCACUCGGACGGGUUUGCUUGGAUUUGUGGGACCGGGAAGCCUCGUCUUUGUUGUUGGGAAGAAUGAGGGUCUCCUGACUGUGAGCGGGCGACGUCAUAAUGCAGAUGACCUGGUGGCCACAGCUUUAGCAGUAGAGCCCGUCAAAACAGUUUACAGAGGAAGGAUUGCUGUGUUCUCAGUGACGGUGUUUUAUGAUGAGAGGAUAGUGAUUGUGGCAGAGCAGAGGCCUGAUGCUAGUGAGGAGGACAGCUUCCAGUGGAUGAGUCGAGUUCUGCAGGCCAUUGACAGCAUCCACCAGGUCGGCCUUUACUGCCUUGCCCUUGUCCCGGCCAACACCCUCCCAAAGACUCCACUGGGAGGAAUCCAGAUUUAUGACACCAAGCAGAACUUUUUGGAUGGAAAUUUGCACCCCUGCAACAUCCUAAUGUGCCCACACACCUGUGUGACAAACAUGCCCAAACCACGGCAGAAACAGCCAGUGGACGUCGGUCCUGCUUCCAUGCUGGUGGGGAACUUGGUGGCAGGAAAGAGGAUCGCCCAGGCUAUCGGCAGAGAGCUCGGCACGGUGGAGGACCAGGAUCUGAUUCGAAAGCUCUGUAUGUGGCCCACCAUGAUGCACCAGUUCCUGUCUGAAGCGCUGCAGUGGCGGGCCCAAACUGAUCCUGAUCAUGUCCUUUACGUGCUGCUGAAUGCAAAGGGGCUGCCAGUGUGCACAGCCACUUGUGCACAGCUUCACAAGAGAGCUGAGAAAAUCACAGCGACCCUGAUAGAAAGAGGAGGCCUUAACACAGGAGACAACGUGGUGCUGCUUUAUCCCCCAGGUAUUGAUCUGAUAGCUGCCUUCUACGGCUGCCUCUACGCUGGGGUCAUCCCUGUGACAGUGAGGCCGCCACACCCUCAGAACCUGGCUGCUACUCUGCCCACUGUCCGAAUGAUCAUCGAUGUGAGCAAAGCAGCCUGCAUCCUCACCACUCAGCCUCUCAUGAGGAUCCUCAGGUCCAGAGAGGCAGCUGCCAGCGUCAAUGUCAAGACGUGGCCAACAAUAAUAGACACAGAUGAUCUCCCCAGGAAAAGGCCCCCGCAAAUCUAUAAACCCCCUACAGCAGAGAUGCUGGCGUACUUGGAUUUCAGCGUUUCCACCACAGGGAUGCUGACUGGAGUCAAGAUGUCUCAUGCAGCCGUCAGCACUCUCUGCCGCUCCAUUAAGCUGCAGUGUGAGCUUUACUCAUCACGCCAAAUAGCCAUCUGCUUGGACCCCUACUGUGGCCUGGGCUUCGUCCUGUGGUGCCUCUCCAGUGUAUACUCAGGUCACCAGUCCAUCCUUAUUCCUCCCAUGGAGCUGGAGAGCUCACUGGCGGUGUGGUUGAGCACGCUCAGUCAGUACAAGAUCAGAGACACCUUCUGCUCCUACUCAGUCAUGGAGCUCUGCACUAAAGGUCUGGGAACCCAGACGGAGAUGCUCAAGACACGAGGUCUGAAUCUGUCCUGCGUGCGGAGCUGCGUGGUCAUCGCAGAGGAGCGUCCUCGCUUGGCUCUUUCUCAGUCUUUCUCCAAGCUCUUUAAAGAUCUCGGCCUGUCGCCGCGGGCGGUCAGCACCGCCUUCGGCUCCAGGGUCAACCUAGCCAUCUGCCUGCAGGGCACAGCUGGUCCUGACCCCUCCACUGUCUAUGUUGAUAUGAAGUCCUUGCGUCAUGACAGGGUGAGGCUGGUGGAAAGAGGGGCACCACAGAGUCUUCCACUUAUGGAGUCAGGCACUAUUCUGCCUGGAGUCAGGGUCAUCAUAGUCAACCCAGAAACCAAAGGCCCUCUGGGAGACUCACAUCUUGGCGAGAUCUGGGUGAACGCCUCUCACAAUGCCAGCGGCUACUACACCAUCUAUGGGGAGGAGAGCCUGCAGGCAGACCACUUCAAUACCAAACUCAGCUUUGGAGAUCCCCAGACUCUGUGGGCCAGAACCGGGUAUCUGGGCUUCAUCAAGAGAACAGAGCUGCUGGAUGCAAGUGGAGAUCGCCAUGAUGCCUUGUUUGUGGUGGGCUCUCUGGAUGAAACGUUGGAGUUGAGGGGUUUGCGUUAUCACCCCAUCGAUAUUGAGACUUCUGUGUCCCGAGCCCACCGCAGCAUUGCUGAGAGUGCUGUGUUUACAUGGACCAACCUGCUGGUGGUGGUGGCAGAGCUAAGCGGAUCAGAGCAGGAAGCCUUGGACCUGGUGCCACUUGUAACCAACGUGGUCCUGGAGGAGCACCACCUCAUUGUGGGGGUGGUGGUCAUCGUGGACCCCGGGGUGAUCCCCAUCAACUCCAGGGGGGAGAAGCAGAGAAUGCACCUGCGAGACUCCUUCCUGGCGGACCAACUGGACCCCAUUUACGUGGCCUACAACAUGUGAACACAUUUCAGAAACUGAUGCAGAAAGCUGAGCCGUGCUCUGAAACAGAACAGACGAGGGGAGGGGCAUGGGGUUUGAAGAGUCACAUCCUCGACAUCACGCCUCCGACACACGGUCAGAAGACCAGACCGUGUUGGAAUGUGGGGACUGUCACGACACGCUUCCCUCUCAAAAACGGUUCCUUCUUUGCUUCCACCCGCUCGAUUGCUGCACUCCAGGCUCACAGAGAAUCCUCUGAAGAGACGACGUCCUGCAAGUUGAAGAAAUUCAUUCCACUUCUACAUCAGCUGUCCCGAGCAUGUUUUUAAAGACUUGUUUUUCAAAAGGAAACCUUCUCCCUUUUCUUCAUUCUGACCCCAAUAGCUUUGUGUUUUUUAUUUUUUUUUAUUUUUAAACCGUUUCCGUUCUCGAGGGCAGGGUUGCUCACUGGAACUUCCUGCUUCCCUUGCACUUAAUGUCCGAGUCUACAUUCUGCCCCACUCAUCCUUUAUCUGCUGCUUUCACAAAAAAAAGGAAAAAAAAAAAUUUGAAAAUCCACAUCAGUAUUAAAGUGCCACCAGCGACCCCAGCCCCACAGUGGAGGUCCUGACUCUAUCUUCCUACCAGGUGCACAGUGGUUCUCACUUCCAGUCAUUUACUGUAAUUGUAAGAGGACUUGGUGUCAACAUCCAGUUUUACAAAACGAUCUGAAGAAGAAAAAAAAAACACUUGAAUCCUUUGUUGCUGUGGGACUCAAGCACAUACAGAGAGCAAAGACGAGAUCGAUUCCUUAUUUUUGGUGCAAAUAGAAAUUGCAGAGUUAGUUAGAAUGUAUGAUUGUGGUAGUGGUAAUAAUAACAUUAUCAUACAAGGAUCUGCAGGGACUCCUGGAGUUUAGGUGUGCAUGUUAAUAAUUGAGAGUGCAAUUGAAUGAGCUGACAAGAAGAAACAAACAGCAGUUUGAUCUGAUCGGAAAUAAAUACCUGGUGUAAUUUGACCCACCUGGAUGAAGGUAAUUAGGGCAGUUUUUCUUUUUUUUUAAUGGACAUUUUUGCAAGUUUUACAAUUUUUUUUAAGUUUUUUAAUUAACCUGGCUGGUUAAAGCCUCUAGAUACACCUGGACAUUAACAUGCUCCUCUGGGAUUGUAUUCAAAGGGAAUAACUUUAUUGACACCAGUUGAAUAGUCAGUAGGUUUACACACUUGUUUUGAUAAAUCCCUGAAAUGUGAGUUUCCAAUAGUUGCAUGUCUAAUUUAUUUCUGCAUUACUUAAUAACAGAGGAUAAGUAAGAAAACACAUCAAAUCAUGAGAUUAAGUUGUUAUUUUGCAGGAAAAAAAAGUUAUAAGAGCAGAUUUAAGAGCUAGAAACUUGAUUGUGUUGAAGGAAUAAAACUCAACGUUUUAGUGUUAUGUUUACAUCAUUACUAGUAGUUCUCAGUUUUUAUGAGAGAAAUUUCAUUAAAUUUGAUCUUGAUGGGAUCCUGUCUGCAGACUUGAUCUGUAUAGUAUCAUUGGAAUCACUGCAUGUUAAUGUGAGGUGUAAAGAGGACCAAAGAAAACCAGUUUCAGUCAAAUUUCAGUGUCAGAUUAGUUUCUAUGUGUGACCAUUGUUCUGAAACACAACCUUUGGUUUUACAAAAAAAAAAAAGCUUUAUCAGAGGCUGAUCAGUUCGCAGCUGGACUGUUUCUUGUUUUAGACGUUUAACAGAGCAUCAUGAUCACUCAUUUUUUCCCUGCCUGCUGUUUUAAUAUUCAGAUGGAUCACAGUAAACAGCCCUACAUUUCUGAAGCUCACUCUGUUUGAUGAAACAAUCAUCGAUUAUGAUGAACGUUUUAGUGGGCGUUUCUUCUCCUGCAGAUCCUAUGCACACCUCUGUAACUGCAUUGGACUUUUAUGAGAGGCACAAAUCGUCAGCGCCGCUGGCAUUCCAUGUUGAUGUGAUGUGUUAGCACAAAUUCAGCAUCAAUCUGUGAAAAUGUUCAAAAGACAAAACAGAAGUAUAUGGACCUUAAGUUUCUUUAUUUCCUUCUAGUUUCCCAGAUAUGAUCGACCAUCUUCAAAAGAAAAAAAACCUGCUAGAUUUCAGACUGUGUGGAGUUUCUAUUCUUAAGUCGAACAAGUUUCAUAACUUCGCAGUAUCAAAAGAAGGCAGGUCAGUGCCUUUCACCUUGAAGACGUUCAUGGUUUUGAUCUGUUGAUUAAAAAAAAACCAACAACAAAGAAGUGAGGAGAGAACUUUGCCUUAUUUAACCUGUGGAACUUAUAUUGCCGUUUCAAACUCUUCACUUUGAAUGUUUGAGAAAUCAAACCCCAAGUUCAAACUCAACUUAAAACCUAAGAUUUGAAAUGUGUCUUAUGUUUAGGUUUGACGUUGUCACAUCUUUUUUGAUUUUCCAUGUCCUUCUGGAUAUCACUGAAAUCGAAAAGAUAAGAGAGGAACAAUCCAUGAGAAACCUGUGAAUUAAAAACAGUCAAAUCCACUUGAAAAGACAAAAGAAAUGAGGGUAAAAAAUGUAAAUACUGUAAUACUAGUGUGACUGUACAUGGAAAUGGAGUCUAUAGAUAAAAACUUGACAGAUUUUUCAUACUUGACACAAUUUUUUUUGCUUUUUUUCAUUUAAUGGUAUCCUUUUGCUAAAAGAACAGAUUAGUGGGGCAAAAACAAUUUGCACUUUCCCCAAAUCUAAUGUGUUUGUCCAUAAGGGAAUACAUGUGGGCACGCAGGCUCUCAGUUUUACAGUAACAUUUGGCUUUUAUGGUGAAACAAGCUUUGUGUUUUGUAAGAAACAGAAAAUAUCAAUACCUUUUUUUUUUGUAAUACUUCCCUUUUUUAUGUCGCCUCCACUGUAUUGUAUUCUUCCCAUGCAGGAUUAGUAUUUAAUAUAUUUUAUAGGAUUUUCAUCAAUAUUUUCCUGAUGUAAUUUGCAUUUGGAGCUGCACAACUUUGGCAAACCGCUGGCUUCAUUUGGAAGCCGUUUGUCGUUCAGUGACAGACACUGAGGACAUGUAUGCGAGCCAGUAAGUUAGCCGUGUGAUAAUUGCUUUGUCGCUACUGUUUCACUUCACUUUUAAUAAAGUUUUCUAAUUUCAUCCUGGCUUUCAAGCCUUUUCAAUAGACAUUGGUGCUAUUCAAAUAACGGACUGUUGACAGAUUUUGUCCUCCAAUGUCAUCUACACAAAGGCUUCUUCCUGGAUGCCUUUGUUUUGUGUGAAAAGAGUUUUCAUCGAUUCAAACUUGUGAGAAAUUCUCAUCCCCUUGAAUCUUAAAUAACUGUUCGUCACCACUUCUAAUCAGCCUUAUGUGGUGAAAAGUCUCUACGCAGGCAACCGUGACAACCAAACAUAUCCUACCUUUACCGUCUGAACUUUAACUUCAGUUUUGAACUUGUGAUGUGAGAAACCUUCAAACCUCUGCUGUUUUCUAAGCACAAAAAUACCUAUAAAUGUGAGGUAACAACGAAGGAAGCUUUCUCACAGACACAAUAACUCAAGGGCCACAGUUUAUACCUCUGCAGCUGUCUGUUCACUAUGCAUCUUCAAACUGCAACAAAGUCACUCUGGACUCGACAAUGGUGCGAUAUCCUGUCUUGACGACAACACUGUCACACUGUCAUUGGAUGUGUCAACUAAUGUCAAAUGUUAUGUCAAAUAAAAAGAAUGCUUUGUCAGA